AUGCUUAACGAAAAGACAGCCAAAACCAUACUGACGGAGGGAAAGAAAGUGCUUGUGGUGACAGACUCUCUGAAGGAGCUUGGCAUAAUCCUGGAGAAGAAGGACAAGCCUGUGGGGGCGUCAAGCAUCCUCACAAUAUACAAAGUGAAAACGGCAGGGGGGCAGACAAAGUGGGUCCCAUCCACCGCGCUGGAGGCUGCAGACUCUUCUGUCCUGGAGGAGGGCUCUGAGCUGGGCGCGCCCUGGCCCAAGAUCGAGCUCUCUGAAGAGUAUCAGGAGCUUCUUAUGUGCGAAAAAGCAGCCAUGGCUGCGUACAAGGAGCCGCUUCCUGUCGAAAUAUCAGCAGAUGAGAUUUUCUCGCUUUUCUACAGCGCACAGCUCGAGCAGAAGCCGCACUCCAUUGAGGAGAUCAAGGAGGUAGUGAAGGGGUUCAAAGAAAUCUUUUUGUACACUGUCCACACGUGCAUCCUCUACAAAGAGGAGAGGGCGUUCUACGAGGAGUAUCUGUACCCGAAAACCACAAAAAUUCUGCAGACUUUUGGGCUUACGCACGUGCUCCGGAUGCUUCUGGUUCUGCACCGAGUCCAGGCCAGCCUCGGCCUCUCCAAGGAGUACAUAGAGUACAUGGGCGAGUACAUCAAGGUAUUCCUGCAGUUCCUGCAGACGCAGCAGAGCCAUCUUCUGAACCCGUCUGCAGUCGCGGAGGAGCCCGCAGAGAGCGAGAGCCCCGAGAGGCUGGCGACAGAGGAAGAGCCCGCGGAGGGAGAGGAAACAGCAUAA